CUGUGCAUGACAAAGGUAGGCAAGCAAGUCAGAGAGGAGAAUGCUAUAAUUGGGGACCCAGGGGGCCGUCACACAAGACAAGGAUUUACCACAUCACCUGAAUGAGAGAGCCUCUGGGUCACAUGAGCCGGCAGCCUCCACGCUCAGUGUGCUUCAGUGUUUCCAUCGCUGCUUGGGGGAAUGACUGCAUGUGCUCGCUGCGAUACUGUUGGCCUGAAUAUUUGCAAGCUAAUGCAAUAGAUAAUCACUGUCGAAAAAUGUUUGAAUGCCUGAGUGGAGCUUUGGCAUGCUGCUGCUGCAGCUCUUGAAAAUGGAGAAAUUGGUCGAUUCUUAUUUUUCUGCUGUUCCUUUCAAGUACAAGGAUGCCUGAUAGCAGCGAGGAGUGAACAGGCAAAUGAGGGAUCGUAGAAACAGGAUGGAGAAUGAGGCUAUUCACCUGGAAAAAAAACAUGUCCAUAGCGUAUAUGAGAAAACCGCCCCUUACCUCAGUGACCUUCGUUGCAAAGCCUGGCCACGUGUACGUCAGUUCCUUCUUGAUCAAGAGCCAGGGAGCCUUAUUGCAGAUAUAGGUUGUGGAACUGGAAAAUAUCUCGAUGUGAAUGGUCAGAUUUACAAUCUGGGAUGUGAUUACUGUAGUCCCUUGGCAGAAGUGGCAAGAAAGAAUGGACAUGAAGUCCUUGUUUGUGAUAAUCUCUGUCUUCCCUUCAGGGACCAGAUCUUCAAUGCUGUUAUUUCUAUUGGAGUGAUCCAUCAUUUUUCAAUGAAGGAAAGAAGAAUUCGUGCCAUAAGAGAAAUGGCGAGAACAAUGGUCCCCGGAGGCUUGAUUAUGAUUUAUGUUUGGGCACUCGAGCAAAAACACAGGCGGUUUGAAAAGCAAGAUGUAUUUGUUCCAUGGAACAAGGCUUUAUGUUCAAGAAACAAUUCAACUUCAAGUGAGAAUUCAAACAAAAACAGUCCAGGUUACAUAGACCUCCCUCCAAUGCUGUACUCCAAAGACUAUAGGAUGGAUGACAAUUUGAGACAAGAGAACACAGCCAAGCGUUCCUACAGUGCAGGGAACUAUGUGUCAGUUGGAAGAUGCUGCCUCAAAAUUCCAGAAGAACAUGAAAAUAAAUUUUAUAGCAGUUUUGGGAAAUCCUUAAGGUCAUGGUUUUUCUCUAAAUCAUUUGAUGAAUCAAGCCUGAAAAAACAUAUGGAAAGGGUCAGGCCCUUAAAAAAUUCAGAUGGCUGGGUAGAGAAUACUGUUCUAGUUCAGCCAUCAAGACAUUGCAGUAUAGAUUUAGGUCAUACCGGAUCAUUACUUAAUGGGCAGGUUUAUGAAGAUGAUGAUGUUUUUGUAGAGACUACAAAUAAGGAGGAAUCCCUCUCAAUUAAAAAUGAGCAAUACAUGCCCACCAUUUUGGGUGCAAACAAUUUAAAUUCUGUUAGCAAUCGAAUAUUCUUGAGAACCUCAACAUUAGAUUCCACUGAUUCUUUUCUUGAUGCAAUAAAUGCUGAUGCUGAACCUUUGGUAAACACCAAAGACUUUAUGCGCUAUUACCAUGUUUUCAGGGAUGGGGAACUAUCACAGUUAAUAGAGGAGAAUGUGGCAGAACUAAGCAUUGUCUCCUCAUGUUUUGACCAUGGUAACUGGUGUGUAAUUGCAAGAAAGAUAACAUAGCAUUGCUCUGUCAUGCAUUAUAAUGCAGGGCUACUCAACUAGUGGGUCAUGAAUCCACCAAAUGAUACACUGCCAGGUAAGAAAUAUUCACCCUUUAAAAAAAUGCAAUAAUUUUUUUAAACAGAAGAUUCCAGCUACAAAGCAUGGCUAUUAUGUGUUAAAUCCUUUCUUUAUUUCUUCUCAGUGUCAGUGUGUAAGUUUAGAAAGUGAUAUCCUCUUACCAUAAAAGUUCAGUGAAAAAAUCAGAGAGAAAAAAGUAACAAGCCUUGGCCCAUUGGCUUACUUCAUGGGUCAGUUGUAGUGUACUUGAGAUAGUACCGUCCUAGCAGUUAUCUUUUUGGCAUGAAUAUUCUGGUGGGGCCAUGCUGACCUGGAACAGAGUGACACUAUCAGAAGGGGCGGAGCCAUCCUGAGAAGCCGUGCAGAGUGGGUGUGGUUUUGUGAAUAAGAGAGAGAGAGAUGAUCAAGAAUUUAAAGAGCAUAACUUACAACAUGCACUCUUCUGCUUAAAUCCAUUGGCCAGGCAAGGAUUGGAAAGGAUACUGCCAUAUAUCGGCUCAUUUGGAAAAAGGCAGUACAGAUGGUGUCGCUUCUGACCCCAAGUGACUUGUGUGGGGCAUAGCCAGUGGUAUAAAUGAGUAGGAAGGAAACAUGGGAGAAAAAAGAUCAUGGGAGCCACAUGGAAGGAGCUGUAGAAGAUCAGAGUGGUGGCUGAGCUGAGGUAGGAGAUCUUCUCCAAUAAGCCUCACGUGAUGGAUCAGGGAAGAGACAUUACAUUUCACAAUGUAUUAGGCUACCAGCAUCUCUGAUGAUAAAGUUUCAGCCAAAAAAGGCCAUUAAACAAUCAGACAAAAGGAAGAUCAAUAUUUUAUCAUACAGUAAAACCACCAAAGGACAGUAUUAAAAGAAAUUACAGCAACAGUAUCAAAUACUUAAUGCUGAAAGCAGAAACUCAAAUGAAUAAGUAUUCAUUUCCAAUAGGGAAAGUGCUAAAUUGUAUUGUACAUUGGUAAUCAACUUGAUACUCAAUAAUGAUUACGACCUCUGUAAAACAGUGAUAUGUACAAUUGCGUCAAAAAAAAAUCAGCCAAUCAGUUGCUUAAAAAGGGCAAUAGCUUUCAAGCUGCAUGGCAGAGUUUGCAAGUUCAUGCUGCACAUGCACACGCAUGAGUAAAGUCAUGCAUAGAACACGGCAGGUUUGAACAGCCUGCUCCAACAACCUGGAAACAGGCAAGCGGUGCCAGACACAACAACAAUUUCACAUACAGUACUUCAAAAGGAAAUAUUUUUCUAGAUAAGAAGUUGUUUAUUGUCAAACUGCAAAAAAUUGAUUAUACUGACUAAGAUUAGUUUGCUGUAAGCAUUUUAACAAUAAUGUUAAAUUAUGGGGCAAGUUUUCAACUAUUUAAGUUUUACAUAACAGCGCCAUUUUCCUGGAGUUGGGGGGAAGUGCCCCACUUGCCCUUAAAGCAGAAAGUCCACUGCAUCCUAUUACUGUAUCAGGAUUGCACUAUGUAGAACAUUGCUAGGAAAGGAUGGUCCUCAGGACUAAGUGUUGUUGAAAUGAAUGACAGAAGGAGAUCAAGUUUAAAUAACCCACCGAUAGUCCUAUUGUGGUCUGAUGUUUAUUGUUUGCUGAGCAUCUGAUAUCUUGUUAGCAAUGGUGCAUUGGUAAUUCAUGACAUGCUGCUAUGCAUUCCCCAAAGUUGAAACUGUCAGUGCAGAGAAAAAAAAUGGUGUGGAACUAUUUGUUAAACUUGUGAAACAUUAUUAGAAACACCACAUGAACUUAUUAUAUCAAGCUUACUAUAUCAAACUAUAUUUCAAACUGAGUGUCGCCACAUGGUGGACUGCAGGAUUGUUGCUAAAAUUAUUCAUUUCGGGACUUAUGAAAAGGCCUUGAAAUCAGUUUCACUCACUGUAAAACAUCACCUGAAAAUGAUUGAAUCAGGAACUUAAUACACAAUUAAUAAUGGUAAUAAUAAUUCUCUAAAUUUAUAUAGCGUUUAUCUCACUACUCAUAGUAACUGGGGAGCCACUUCCAUCACCAAUGUGUAGCAUCCACCUGGAUGAUGUGAUGACAGACAUUUUUGCACCAGUCCGCUCACCACACAUGAUCUAUCAGAGGGUGAAGGAGUGAAAGAGAUAGACAAUUAGAGAUAGGGGAUGAUUAUCGGGUCAGAUUGACUAGGCCAUAGAGGGCAAUUUAGCCUGGACAGCGGGAUACACCCUGCUCUUUAAGAUGGAUGCCCAGGGAUCAUUUAUGACUACAGAGAGUCAAACCUCGGUUUUAUGUCUCUUCUGAAGGACAGCACCAUUUUUACAGCAGUGUCCCCAUCACUGCACUGGAGCAUUGGGAUCCACAUCCAGACCACAGGAUAAGGGCCUCGUGCUGGCCUCAGCAACACCUCAUUAAGCAACAACCCAAGCUUUUCCUAGAUGAUCACCCAUCCAAGUAAAGGCUGGGCCCGAACAUGCUUAGCUUCAGGUGGAUUACACCUGACCACACAGAACACUGUGAGCAGUUCUCAGAGUCAAGAUAGAAGUAAUAAAUUAAGAAAUGAUACCCAUAUAAAUACAGAUUUGUUAAAACACAUAGAGAACAACGUAGAAACUGAUUAAACAUAAAUUGAAACCAACAAUAUCUGUCAAUUAAUUAAUUGAUGUGCUAUGGCCAGUUGACAAUGGAGGAGAUUUAAAUUAUAAAAGAGAAAGCUAAAAAUAAAGUUACAGUUCUGGAGGCCUUGGCCAACUAGCUCCUCACCCCUGCCUGGGCUUUCUGUAGUGGGAUCUGUGCUGGUUGUUCAAUCUGAUGAGAACAUCUUUCCAUCUGAUGAUUCCAAUGCUCAGUUAACCGAAAUAACUUUUCCAUGUGUAGAAGAGCAGCCUAGCAGUAGAGAAGUGGCACCAAGUGCCACCUCCAGAUUCCAUGAAGAUAAACAGAAUGGAAAAGGAUAGUAAUGGUUUAAAAAUAUUGUGAUACUUACAUUUCUGUACAAAUGACUAACAAACAAAAAUGCAGUAUGCACAGCUAAUGAGCAGCUCUAGUCAGGGUCAAUGUUCCCUCUAAGCUGAGCGCGUGAGCGAUCGCUCACACGAAUUCAGAGCGUUGCUCAUACUUCCCGCACGAUCGCUCAUUCCGACGGCGUCACUCGUACUUAUCGCACGAUUGCUCACUCCAACCGUCGGAGUUGGUGCUCAUAAAUUUUUGGCUUAAACAAAAUGUCGCUCAUAAACAAUGUUUUUUGCUCACUAUAUGCUACUCCUUAGAGGGAACAUUGAUCAGGGUAUACUAGAUUAAGUUACUGAAUCUUCAGCCAGGAUUUAAAAGCUGAGACAGAAGGUGCACCUGUUAUAUUAGCAGUCAGAUUGUUCUACAACUUUGGGGCUGUGUAACCAAAAGCUCGAUCUCCCAUUGUUAUUUUAUUAAUCCUUGGAAUUUUAAGUAGGCCAACAUUUUAAGAUCUCAAUGAGCACUCUGGUUUGUAGAUAAUGAUAACUUCAGAUAAGUAAACAGGGCCUUGGUCAUUUAAGGCUUUAUAAGUUAAAAGGAGUAUUUUAAAUCAGCUCUAUACAUAUCUGAGAGCCACUGUAAGAACAUAAGAACUGGAGUUAUGUGUUUGUAUUUUCUGGUUUGUGUAAUAAUUCUUGUGGCAGCAUUUUGAUUUAACUGAAAGCUGCAUAAAGGAUGAUUAGAACAGCCAGUGAACAACGCAUUACAGUAGUCAGUCCUACUAAAAAUAAAUGUGAAUUAAUAGAUAACUGAUAAUGAGAUAAUAUAACAAAUUGGAAAAAUAAAUAAUUGCCAAAUUAAUCUGAUACAUCAGCUAUUACGCAUACAUCAUCAGAAGGGAUAUACUUUCAGAUAUUGGACAAUAUUCAUAAAACAUGACUAACCACUACACAUCACAGCACAAGUGCUAAACAGCCCAUACUGGGAUAAAUGUAAUGUCAAGGACAUGGAAGACACUGCAGAGAUACUUCUAGAGUUAGAAGGAAUGGAACUUUAAACAAACUUACUAACAGCGCUGCCAAUCAUGAAGAAUAAAUAAAAGUUAAAUAUAUAAGGCAAUCCUUAUUUUUUUGAAUACGCAGCAGGACAAUUUGAUUUAUUCAAUAUUAAAUGUUACAUGCAUUAUCUAUUGUUUUCAAUGACCCUGAGUUAAGUAUGAUAGAUCGACUUGAUAGCUAUUAUCAAGUUCAAUACAAAUAAAGACAGGCCAAAAUAUAUAUGUCUUAUAAUUUGACCUUUGUAAUGGUUUAAUUUAUGUAUUUGCACAUAAGUGCUUUUUCAUGUCUGCAAUAGUUUGUACGAUGUGUGCGGGUAUUCAUUUUAGAACAUUCACCACUGUAAGUUGGGUAGACCUGCCCACACAGUGGUUUUUGUAAGUAUGCAAGUUUAUUACCCUUCACCAGCUCUAAGAUACAACUGCAAUGGCAUUUGGUUGUAAUCCACAGAAGUCUUGAAGUACACAUGGCAACAAUGCUAAAACUGAUCGGUAGUCUUGUUACCAUCAAUAUGGACAAUGAUGAGAUCAUUGUGGGUUGAUUCUGUGCUAAAUGCACACUGCAACUGACCCUAUGUGUUCAGUUGGCCUGUUGAAUAGCCCUUUUACAAUAAAUCAUCAUGUGGUUUGGGUAUUAUUACAAAUACAUGCCUUCUGUUAUUGUUUGAUUAAAUGUACAAUAUGUGGCUUUUUGCAUGCCCAGAUAAUUAUUAUGCAAUAAUUCAAAUGGUAGGUGGAAAACUAUUUUUAUUUGUGUAAUAAAAUGUAAUCAGAAACAUAAAAAGCAGAAGCAACACUUAGAGUGAUAUAAUAAAAGUUGCUUACUAUGUUAAAAAAUAAUAUA